AUGAGCCUCCUUCCUUCCUCUGUGCAGCGCUUCGUUGGCACCCCUCUCGAUGACCUCCGUCCCCUGGCCUACACGCUCUGCUAUGUCCCUCAAGGCAAUCGUAUCGAUGCGCUCAACAUCAGCAAGAUGUACCUCGAGCUCGAUCAAGUCGAGCAUUCUGAGCUUUAUGUUGUCGACCCGACUCUGUCGUCGACCGAUCGUGACGCGCGUCUCGCUGAGAUCAAGGCGCGCACGACCGCCAACCAACGUGAGGUCAUUGCCCUCGAGGCGACCAAGAAACUGGCGAAUCAACGCUCUGAGGCUUGUGAGAUUCACAUUGGACACAUUUACCGAUGCCGACUGCCUCGCCAAGUUCCGCUUCUCCAAGUCAACCCUGCGAUCCCUUUCUCCCAUCGACGGUCCGACCUUAUCACUAUGUCUGGGCGUUCUCGAAGUGGCCUUUGCAACAUAUUUCUGCACAUGCUCGAUCACAUUUACUCCAACUUUGCCGAAAUCAUCUUUCUAGACCGCGACCGUAUCAGCAAAUUGCACGAGUUCAGCCAAGCGGUUGUAGCAAAAGGAGCCAAAGUUCACAACGUAUGGGCAUUUAUUGAUGGGACCGUACGAGAGUGCCGCCGGCCGGAGGGAAACGAGCGACAGCGGACAGUGUACAAUGGGCACAAACGACGCCAUACCGUCAAAUACCAGACCCUGGUGAACCCCGAUGGAAUCAUUGCCCAUGCAUUUGGGCCAAUUGAAGGUCGUCGGCAUGACCUGAUAAUACUGCGCCAUUCGAACUUGGAAAAUGUUAUUGCUCGGGAUGCUCGGUUCCAAGUAUUCGUCGUGUUCGGUGACCCAGCUUACGGUUAUCCCGACCAGUUGGCUUCUCAUUUGGUGGAGCACGUUUGA